CGGUGAGAAAACAUGUGAUUGAGUUGGAGAGAGAGCAGAAAGGUGCAGGAAGACGCAGAGCAGGAGAGGAAGAGAAGUCACCGAGAGAAGAAGAAGGAGGACGAGUGCAGCUGUGCUGGGAGCAUGUCUCUGACUGGGAAGGUGGCUCUGGUGACCGGGGGGGCUCAGGGCAUCGGCAGAGCUGUGGUCCAGUCCCUGCUGCAGAGCUCAGCCAAGGUGGUCAUGGUGGACCUGAACAAGGACCUCGGUGAGGAGUGCAAGGCCCAGCUGGACGCCGAGUUCGGAGAAGGAAACUGCAGGUUCAUUGAGUGCGAUGUGGCCAACGGAGAUGCGCUGCGAGGCACCUUCCAGAACACCGUGGACCAAUUUGGCCGUCUGGACAUCGUCAUCAACAACGCCGGCAUCACCAACGAAAAGGACUGGGAGAAGACCAUCCAAGUGAACCUGACCUCGGUCAUCAAGGGAACCUACUUGGCUCUGGAACACAUGAGCAAAGAGUACGGCAAGCAAGGAGGCACCAUUAUCAAUGUCUCCUCUAUGGCAGGUAACACACACACCGACACACACGUGCAGAAACAUGAAUUAUUAAAACAACAGACAGCGAUGAUGUUUUUGUUCAGGGAUGUUAAAGUUCGCCAAAGAUUACACGACAGUCGUGUCCAUAAGGCCACGGCGGCGAGUGACUGUGCUUCACCUGAGUCGCUGCUGCUGCGGCGAGCUGCCAGUAGCUCUGAGAAAGAGGCGCCCCCACUCAUCACCCUCCAAAAUCAGCUGACUAAUGUUCCCAGUGCAAAUGCAACAAUCAGCUUUUUCUUCCUGUUCAUUUCAAAGGGCAGAGGGCAGCGGGUCAAAGGUCACAGAAAGCUCAGCUCAGUCUGACCUCAUCACAAGGACGUUUUCUGCAGCGGCACACCCGGGCGCGCUUCCUGUCUGUCAGCUUUUCUGCUUCUAUUUUGUGCUGCGAGCUGAACGCUGCGCUCGCCGCUGUUUUCACUGUGCAUGAACCCUGCAGAGCUCUUUAGAGACCUGCAGCUUAAAAACACGACGGCGCAGCGUCAGCACUGACCUCGUCACAUACUUGGAAGCAAAAUGGUGCCAUUCCUUCCCUCGAAAAUUGCUGAGUAACAGCAGAUAUGAAUGAGUGAUACGAGCUUCACAGACACUCUGAAACUCUAGGAGUGGACCAGCUGUAGCACCUGGCUCUCCGCUGACUUUCUCCUUUCAGACAGACGGUGGCUUUCUGAAUCUGUCCGUCUCUCUGGAGGCCUGGCUCAUGGAAACAUCUUCUUCCUUGGAUGUGGGUGUUGUGUUAGAAACACAUGAAACAAAAA